UCCCCUCCACCCCUUUCCUCACCAUCCCUCUCGUGACCCCCAAUACAGUUGUCCGAGCUAUAUGCAGUCCGCCAAUAUUCCGCGACACCUCGAAAUUUUGAAUGAUCAAUUUUACCCUGAUAGUAAUUCCAGGUAAUCGCUGAAGCUGGCGAAGAGAACCCCGUUGUUGCUCGUUAUCCCCCAUACCCUCCCCCACCAAACCAUCACCUUGGUCCUGUUCCGUUUUUUCCGCGUUCCUGUGAAGAAACCGACACUAACCGUCGUCUCCAUCCAGAUCACCUCCACCCAGCGCUUCGUGUCGACACAACCACCACUCAGCCGAUGCCAGGAUGGAGUCUAUAGACAUCUCGUUCAACUACGGCAAGCAUCUGGAAGAAUCGUUGGUCAGGCUCUGGAAGCUUACCCGCAAUGAUUUGAUCAGAUCCAAGUUUGCAUCAGUGGAGCGCUUGAACAACCGAUCGUGGCGCAUCCUCAGCCGGAAGGUGCUAAAGAAGACGUCCAAGGAGCAGUCUUCUGAGGUUGACGCCCAAAAACCGCUCCACGACUCCAUCACAGACCUUUCCAAGGACUCGUUAUCGGACUUGGCCCCAAAACAGUCCCAGUUCUUAUCCGAUCGGCCUUCGUUGUUCUCCCAUAGCUCCAACUUGAGCUUGCACAGCAAUAGAAAAAGUACCAACAACAGCAGCUUGGAGUCGUACAACCCCAAAAACAACCCCAUCCCAGACUCCGAGGAGGACGACGAUGACUACGACAUUUCAGACAUCUCGGAUAUCUCGGAAGAAGAGGAAGACGAAGACGAGCCUGUAUCUCCAGAUCAAUCAAGCCCUCAUCCCGAGUUUGUAAAUAAUCAAUUGACUGACCAAACCAAGGCACAUUCCUCGCACAGUUCCCACAAAACGCCGGAGCAGUUUUCCUCUCAAAACGGUGAGAUCCCAAGAAGUCCGGUCACUUCCUCUCACCUGAGCCAACUAGCUAGAUCUAGGGCAGCCUCCUCCGCCCAAGCCCCACCCUUGGGACGUUCUAGGACCUCAUUUGUAAGAGGCUUUUCUCCAAGUCAAGUUUCCAUUUCGCCUGCAUCUUCUUUAACGUCCAAGAGGCAAGGCUCAACAGUUUCAAAGUCAUCACUUACUCAUGAAGAACCUCUACAACCACAUCCACAGCCCCCUCAAUCAUUAUUCAAUCAGUCAGCUUCCGAAAGGAAUUCCAACAGAGGCUCACAAGCUGUUUCUUCUAGGGCUUCACUUUCAACACAGUCUGGGCAAACAGGUGACACGAAUCAGCCACCAAUUAAGAGACACAACUCCUUGUUCAAUAAUUUCCAGAUUCAAUUCAAGAAGGACGAACCAUCUACCACUCAUUCCUCUAUUACUCAAUCAUUGAGGGAACCUGAUUCAGAAUCGAAAGAUGAUGGCUACUCCUCCACAGAUAUUUCCGAGGAUGAAGAUGAUUACAGUGAUGAUGAAAUUGUGGCAAUUCAACCAAAAGAAGCUCCCGAUGAGUUUGUUUUAAAAAGAGACCGUAAAUCGUCUAAUGCCACCCAGAUGACUACGGAUAAUGAUUCAGAAUGGUUAUCGGUUUCUUCGGAGGAUGAUGACUUGAAAUCUGAAGAACCCAAGUUUCAUCCAUUGCAAUUUAACAAAAUCCCUACAAUGACAAAGAAUAUAAGUAAUUCUUCUACAUCAACCGAUAUUUUGCCCGUUGAGUUGAAUGAUUCUCAAAAACACAGAAAACGCAAUUCAUCCCCAGCAAUUACAACAAAGCCGAGAUCAUUACUUUCCGGACUAUUUCUUAACGAGUUAGCUGCACAGAAUCAGCAGAACUCUCAUAUAAGCCCCAAACCUGUAUUGAAAAGAUCAUCAACUACAGGAGUAAUAACAUUUGAUCAAUUCAAAAAUGGAAAUAGACUAGGCAGUGUGACUGAACUUGCAUCGAAUUCCAAACGACCAUAUAUUAUGUUCACCAAGAAAUAUCCAUCUUCUACGGAUAUAUCAAAGAAUUAUCCUCAUUUUCAUAACAACUCUGUCAAAAAGGAUAUUGUGCAAGAAGACCUGAAGUCUAAUGAUGAUGAUGACGAUUCGGUUAUGGGUAAACAGAAGUCCAUCGUUGGUAUUUCAGACUUCAAUGCCACAGCUUCAUCAUCAACAAGCAUGGUAAAUGAAGAUAUGGAAAGCUCGGGAAGUAUACACCAUACAUCGCCCGAGCCUGUCAGUUCACAUGCAAUUCUUUCAUCGAGUCUCAAAAUGUCAGGGUCGAUGACUAAUAAUUCAAUUAGAAGUUUGUUAUCUAAGAGCUCCUUGAACAUAACAAAAUUGUACAAUAACUCCAAGUCCAUGUUCGGAAGAUAUGACGGUAGGGACGAACGAAAUGGAGAAGAAUCGAAAGAAGAAGAUAAGCCAUCUGAACCCAAGGUAAGUAUACCAGUACCAGCUGAGAAGUUUGAUUCCCCCAAAUUGGGGUCCCCACAUUCAAUGUCGACUCCAAUCACGGCAACACCAGCUAAGUCACUCAAUGAUGAUUUGAGUUUGUUCAAAGAAGGCAAUCAAGAAACGGCAGAUAACAUUAAUGGGAUUAAAUUGUCGCCCAAGUCAACUAGAAGAUCGAUGCUUUCCACAGAAUUGAGCAAUUCGUUGAAAGAAUCUAUCAUUAUUGACUACAAAUUGGGCAAGAUUCCAUUGCCCAAAAAGGUUUUUGGCCCCAAUUAUGAAGGGAUGCCAGAUAUUGGCGAAGUGGACGCGAAUGAUUAUCAUUCAAAAGGUUGGUGAUAAGCUGAUACUUGCGAUCAAGUUUAUUUGACCCAAAAGUUAUUUUAUUUCAAAAGUAUGAAAAAUUCCUUGGACGAAGUGACGAAAAAUCAAUUCAUCAUGUCUGAAUUUUCGAAAAUAGGUAUUUAUUGGAGUUGUAUUAUUGAUUUUAGCCUGAACUUUCAUAGGAAAGAGCUGUAGCCUAGUAGCAAUUUGUCCAUAUGGAUGACGCUCAUAUGGACAUCUCAGAUUUGCACCCAAAACGAACCUAGUCAAUAUUUUCAAUGCCCAUAUUAGGGUAUUAUACCAUGAAAUAACGGCCUAAAGAGUCGUUUUGCU